AUGAACGGCUUCGCAGGAACGGCUUCGCAGGAACGGCUUCGCAGGAACGGCUGCGCGGAAACGGCUGCGCGGAAACGGCUGCGCGGGAAAGGCUGCGCGGGAACGGCUGCGCGGGAACGGCUGCGCGGGAACGGCUGCGCGGGAACGGCUGCGCGGGAACGGCUGCGCGGGAACGGCUGCGCGGGAACGGCUGCGCGGGAACGGCUGCGCGGGAACGGCUGCGCAGGAACGGCUGCGCAGAAACGGCUGCGCAGUAACGGCUGCGCAGUAACGGCUGCGCAGGAGCGGCUGCGCAGGAACGGCUGCGCAGGAACGGCUGCGCAGGAACGGCUGCGCAGCUGCGCAGAAGCGGCUGCGCAGAAGCGGCUGCGCAGAAGCGGCUGCGCAGAAGCGGCUGCGCAGAAGCGGCUGCGCAGAAGCGGCUGCGCAGAAGCGGCUGCUCAGAAGCGGCUGCGCAGAAGCGGCUGCGCAGAAGCGGCUGCGCAGAAGCGGCUGCGCAGAAGCGGCUGCGCAGAAGCGGCUGCGCAGAAGCUGCUGCGCAGAAGCGGCUGCGCAGAAGCGGCUGCGCAGAAUCGGCUGCGCAGAAACGGCUGCGCAGAAACGGCUGCGCAGAAACGGCUGCGCAGAAACGGCUGCGCAGAAACGGCUGCGCAGAAACGGCUGCGCAGAAACGGCUGCGCAUAA